GCUGUACUUUCAGAGUUCUCUCAAUUUUCCAGACGACAUCCGUCUUCACAUCGUCGCCAAUCAGCGCAAUCAUGUCUCUCCCGACAAGCCACGACUUGCACAUCCAUGGCUCCAUCAACGGUUUGGAGUUUGAUAUGGUGGGAGGCGGUAGCGGCAACCCGAAAGACGGGUCCGUGGAGACCCGUGUGAAGUCCACCAAAGGUGGCCUGGCCUUCUCCCCGCUCAUCGUGGGCCCACAUCUGGGGUACGGGUUCUACCAGUACCUGCCCUUCCCCAGCGGACCGUCGCCUUACCAGGCCGCCAUCAAGGACGGAGGGUACAACGAACAUCGUACCAUGCAGUUUGAGGACGGCGCCGUUCUGACUGCCAAUUAUCGUUACACCUACGAGGGCGGCAAGAUCAAAGGAGACUUCCAUCUGGUUGGCAGCGGUUUUCCCGCCAGCGGACCCGUGAUGACCAACUCCCUGGCCUCCCUGGAUAGGUCCGUGGCGAAGCUGACCAGUGUCGACGAUCACACCGUGGUCGAGAACAUUGACUGGGCCUACCGCACCAGCAGCGGCGACACCUACCGUGCCAUGGUGCGGACCAACUGCACCUUCGGCAGGCCGGCCGCGGGCGUCAAGGGGAACAUGCCCAUGUUCGUGUUCCGUCAGCUGGAGGUCGCGGGCUCCAAGACCGAGAUCAGCCUACAGGAGAGGCAAAAGGCGUUCUCAGAGGUGCAGUGAGCGCCCUGCACGGCCCCAACGGAUUGUAUUUGCUUUAAACCUGAGAUAGAUUGCACUCUAUUAUUUUCUGGUAGUAAUAUGGCACAUACUGCAUGACAUGUUAUAAUGGCAACCACCUGUAACUGCUGUACACUCUUACUAUUGUGAAAU